AUGAUUGCUGACAUUCCCCAUCAACGAAGUGAACAGUCAGGAAAAGCAGGGAGUGUUAAUGUCACGCUAGAAGGCGGCAUCAACAUCGUCUGCGCAAAAUGCUACAUCAAGGGCAAGGCCAGCGCUCAUCUCACCAUCGAUGGAACUUUCAAUGCGACCCAAGUAGUCAAGGACAUUGGGAACGAAUUUGUAGAGACCUUUGACAACAUCACAACGUACGCCAAGGACUACGUGUCCGGGGUCGCAAACAAACUAGCUGACGGUCUGGACGCCGACGAUUUUGACUUUCCGCCCCUGAAUAUCACUUUUGACGUCGGUAUUCCUGACUUCCCGUCAGCGAGCCUUGGGUUCGGAUUCGACGACUUGGAGCUUUACAUGCAACUGGACACUACACUUUCUGCUGGCUUGUCGUACACUCUUAACUUGUACAGCUCGACGACCCCUCUGGGGUCAAAGAUUGGUGAUGACUUGAUGCUUGGGGUUGUGUUCGCAAUUGAUCUUAUCUUGAGCGUGGAGAGCGAGGUCCAAAUGAGCAGCGGGUUCCAUAUUCGGAUGGACGACAGCAUUGGUUUCGACAUUGCCUUGUUCUCCAAGAACGUUUCGAGCGUAAACUUCAACGGCGGUCAGUUCGAGUUCUUGCCAGUCAUCAUCGAAAGCGCGGGCGUAGUGCUCAAAGCCGUCCUUCGAGUUGGUGUCAGCGCUGGCAUCGAGCUUUCUUCUCCAGUCGACAGCAAAGAAGUUGAGCUCUUCAACAACAACUUCACGAUACCAGGUGCUUCCGCCGGAAUCCAAGUCGGCAUUUUUGCCAACAUUGCCGAGCUCAGCACCAAUGUCACUGCACUUCCGACGCCCGACGAGGACGGCUGUCUUCUUCGUGCCGUCAACGCAUACCAGUUUGCCCUGGGCGCGGCAGCCGGAGCGUCGGUGCAGAUUGGAAAUCGCGUUUGGGGUCCCGUGCCAAGCACCCAGAUCCCGAUUUUCUACACAACUCUCGCGGAUGGCUGCGCCAUCCGUCGGGAACCCUCGACUAUAGUAGCUAGCGUAUCCGCGACGCCAACCAAGGCUAAGAGAGACGAGGAGCUGACGACGACAACAUUGAGCAAGAAGGUGACCUACACGGCCAUUGAGUGCUUAACAACGGGUUUCGUCAACUGUCCGCCUCAGCUUCAGAGCCUGAAGAAGUUUGUCGCGACCGAGACUUUUGUCACAGCUGUGGCCUCAGGAGUGGACGCUACAUUUCCAACGGCAACUCAAGCCGCGGUGCAAAAGGUUGUCAACUUCGGAUCCGACGCUCAGUCUUUGAUAUCCACCAGUGGAUCCCCGAAGGUGUUCACUCCUCCUCCUCCUUCUACUUCUACUCCGUCUGCCACUGGCACCAGCCCUGCAGAGGUAUUUGAAGGUAAAAUUGGAGGAGUUGACAAGAAGAUCAUCAUUGGGGUCAGCGUCGGCGUUGGUGUCGUCGUUCUAGCUGGUAUCAUUGGUGCUUGCGUGUAA